GCUUCCCCUAUAAGAGAAUAAAUCGCCCCUCACAUCCGAGCCCCUGUCCCUGCCAAGGUGCCUAUGCUCUUCCGCCCUUCCACCCUUCCCUCACCCCUACCAAGCGUUAUCAUCCUGUAUUCGUGAAAACUACAACUUCCAGAGCUCCUUGCACAGGGCUCGCGGCUUCAAGUCAGGUGGUUCAGGUCAGGUGACAGCUGGCCCCUCUUUCACACAAAGUCGGCGGAGCUCAAAGAGUCCCUUACACUCCUAAGCGGUUUCUGGUGCGAGAUUGUAGCUUUCCGUGAGGUCGGUCCACCAAGCCUGGGAAGCUGUCAGUUCUGAGAAGUCAGAGACCAUGAGGAGGAAUUGGCUGCUUAUUUUGACCCUUUUUCUCUUGAUGUUCAUAGAGAAGUGUGAGUCAACUGUCAGUCUCACUGCUCCUCCCACCGUGAAGCUGGAAAAUGGCAGUUCAACCAACGUCGGCAUCACCCUUGGGCAUCCACUAAAUGCGACCUUGGUGAUCACUUUUGAAAUCACAUUUCGCUCAAAAAAUCUGACUAUUGUGGAGCUUCCUGAUGAAGUUAUAGUGCCUCGCGGAGAGAAAAAUGCCUCUUUCCAAGUGACUUCUCAAAAUAUUGGACAAGUGACUGUUUUUCUGCAUGGAAAUCAUUCCAACCAGACCUGCCCCAGGAUUCGGUUCUUGGUGAUACACAGCAGAAUCGUUAGCAUCAUAAACCAGGUCAUUGGCUGGAUCUACUUCAUGGCCUGGUCUGUCUCCUUUUACCCACAAGUGAUCCAGAACUGGAGACGGAAAAGUGUCAUUGGUCUCAGCUUUGACUUCUUGGCCCUGAACUUGACGGGCUUCGUGGCCUACAGUGUUUUCAACAUCGGUCUUUUGUGGGUGCCCUACAUCCAGGAGGAGUUUCUCCUCAAAUACCCCAAUGGUGUGAACCCCGUCGACAGUAAUGAUGCCUUCUUCAGCUUGCAUGCUGUUGCCCUCACCCUGAUUGUCAUCCUGCAGUGCUGCCUGUAUGAGCGAGGCAACCAGCGCGUGUCAUGGCCCUCCAUUGGCUUCCUGGUACUCGCAUGGCUCUUUGUCCUAGUCACCAUGAUUGUGGCUGCAGUCGGUGUCACCACAUGGCUCCAGUUCCUCUUCUGCUUCUCCUACAUCAAGCUCAUCAUCACACUGAUCAAGUAUUUCCCACAGGCCUAUAUGAACUUCUACUACAAAAGCACCAAGGGCUGGAGCAUUGGCGGUGUGCUCCUCGAUUUUAUAGGGGGCAGCUUUAGCCUCCUCCAGAUGUUCCUCCAGUCUUACAAUAAUGACCAAUGGACAUUGAUCUUCGGAGACCCAACCAAGUUUGGACUUGGCGUCUUCACCAUCUUCUUUGAUGUUGUCUUCUUCAUCCAGCACUUCUACUUGUACAGAAAGAAACCAGGGCUUCAGGCAGCACACACAGGUCCAGACAGCCAUCCCAGCCAGAACUGGGCGUCAUGUUUGCAGCUGAUGACCUUGCCCCAAAGCACCAAUAUUUCUGGGAGCAGCUUGAAAAGCUAACCUUGCAACUGGGAGAGAGCCAAGGGUGCUUUGUCCCACCACAGUGUUCACAGAGACCAAGCAGCCAGGCGCUGUGGCCAAUGGACUUGAAGGUGCUGAUGCUGGUGGUGGAGGGGAGAGAACUGUGGGAUCAAGCUUUGGGGUCCUUUCUCUCGGGGCCACUUUCCUUAUGCUCAUUCUAUAUAACUCUGCUCCAGUAACUGCAGAACAAGCGGCCCAGGCCAGUGCCUGGUAAAGUAUAUUUCUGAUCCCUGAGGUGCCUGCCAGAUUGGUCUGAAGUAGACCCAUACCUGCUGCCCUCUGGAUCUUUGCGCACAAAGAUACCACAGUACCUUUUUUCUUUUUCUUUUUUUACCUCCAAGGUAUAUUUUAAAAUGGCUUUUCUUUUGCUCUCUUUCCUACCUCCACUUCCUGAGAGUCAGAUGGAGCACCAUCUGAGUCCCCAGACUCCUCGUAACCUUACACCUAUGGAGCAGGUACUCAGGACCACCUGUGCCUUAGAAGCCCAUCAGUCAAUCAAUCAGUAAGCUGCCCUGGAUGGGAAGGGAGGCCUCCUUCCCCAGCCCCAGAUUGAGACUCCAACUCCUCAGCUGUUGAGGAGCCUCAGCGCACUGGGGCUUACCUCCUAUGUUGCUUGUGGUCCCACCCUGAUCCCACACCUCCUUUCUUCUCAUCCCCAGUUAUUCUUCCUGCGCCAGGUAGGGAAGGAACCAGGGUGUGCCUUGAGUUUAUCAUUUGUUUCUUUUGUUUCUUAUAAGACGAAUAUUGAGGGAUCCUUGUAUUUUUUUCUUUUGUAUUUUUUCUUGUUCUGUUUCAUUUUUGUGGCAUGUGUGUGUCCUUAAUUAAAAGGUGGUUUGUUUCUUA